AUGGAGGCGGACACCGUCGCAAGCCUGCUGAGCGGCACCAGCGCGCAUGCCCCCCGCCUGUGUCGGGCUGCCUUGGCUGUGCUCUUCACGCUGCGGCUGAGUGCCUUGGCGGUUGGAGCCAGGACCCUGUGGUGGGACGAGGUGGGGGACUUGGCCUGCAACGCCAGCGCGGAGAGCUGCCGCCGCGCCUGCUUCGACGCCGCCUUCCCCGUCUCGCCCUUCAGCCUGUUUGCGCUGCAGCUGGCGGUGAUCUUCAGCCAUGCUCUGGCCAGCUCCUGGCACUUCCGCCCACGCAGUGAGGGCAUGGGCAGCUGGCUGCAGCCCACGCUCCGGGGCAAGCAGCAGCGGCUCUGGCUGCACUUGGGAAGUCUCUUGGCCAAGGCUGUCCUAGAAGGCGUCUUCCUGGUGACGUUCCACACGCUCUACAGCCACUUCCCCGUGCUGGUGCAAUGCCCUCCGUCUCCUCCCUGCCCGCCAGCCGUGACCUGCGCCAUCCUGAACGCCGGGGAGAAGGACGCCUUUAACCACUUCAUGGCCGGCUCCUCCUGGGCUUGUCUCCUGCUCAGUCUGCUGGGGACGUGGCACGCAGCCGUUCAGAUCUUCCAGGAGGCUUCUGGAAAAGCUCCGCGAAAAGGCACAGCCAGGAAACUAUCCGUGUAA